UUAGUCAGUGUUGAAAAGCGAAUGCAGAUUUAACGUAUGCUUGCGGACUUGCACGUUGUUUUGUAAAUUCAUUACAUAAAUUGAGAAGAAGUGCAUCCGAUAUGUACGCCCUGCUUCGCCGCUUUGCCGGCGUCACCAACUUGGGAUGUCCCAUCAGAACCUACGCCUCCCUUACGCCCAGAGAUGUAUUGCGGAGCAGCGAUGAGACCGGCACACUGCUGACCCGCUUCGCCAAGCACAUUGCACUGGAGCGCUACAGGGAUUCGGAUCACGUGUUGCCCAAGACGACGGUCCGGUACUCUGACUUCUUUCCCAUCACGGACGACCGGUACUUUCAGCGGACGGUAGAGAAAACGGAUGCAGCCCAAUUGCCCGCCCUGAUCAUCCAGGCAUCCAGCUAUCGCUCCAAUGCCGCUGUACCCAUGUAUGUGACUGCGCUUAACACGUUGGAUAACCAUGCGGCUAAACAGCUGGACAAGAUGGAUACCGCCACAGUGCUCGAGACGCUCUACUCCUUUCUAUUCCUCAUACCAAGUUGGAUAAAGCGAUUGGAUUUUUACCAAGCAGCCAUGCAACGACUGGUCAGGGAGGAUUUUCGCGGCAACAAGGAGCGAUUCGUUCAGGUGUGCUUCUAUAUGGGAUUGCAAAAGAAGCAGGCCAAAUCUUCUGAGGAAUUCCAGCAACUCCUGGAAGAGCAUCUACAAACGCAUUUGCCUGAACUAAAUGAAAUGGACCUUGCCGUGGUCAGCAAUGCGGCGUACAAAACCUCAACUUUGGUAACCGGUGAGGCGAAAACGGCAUACGAAGCAAGACUCGUUAAUGCCAUAUUAAAUCUGGAGAUAAACACCGGAAGCGAUGCCUUGCUGGUCUCCUUUGUCAAGGCAUUGCGUCUGCAGCAAGUCAAAGAUGAACGAGUGUGCCAGCACCUGCAAGAUAUCUGUCUGGAUCCUGUAAAGAUAACCCAUAUUGAACCCCGAGGACUUGCCCAUAUCUUUGCAUUCUUUGCCGAGCAGCUUUGGGAUCAGAAUGAAUGCCUAACUGUCGUCGUAAAACGACUCAUGACUCUUCUCAAGCCUGGAGACCUGCGCUCCAAAGACUUGGCCACAUUCCUGUGGGCCAGCGCUCAACUCAAUUGUGCAUUGACUCCUGAGGAAAUCAGACAAUUGGAACUGACCGCCCUGCGCAAGCUGGAUCAUGGGGAGUACGAAUAUUUCCCUGACAACCUUGUUGACACCUGCCUCUCUCUGUGCACUUUGGGUCACUACUCUAAGGAUCUGAUUAAUGCAGCUGAAGAACUAAAAGCUGCCCAAAAACGCCAGCGAGCCCAACCCAAGGUGGAUAGUCGUUUAAUUGUGCUGCGAUCUGCUGUGGCCAUUGAGCAGCCUUCAAUUGCUAAAGUUAAAACAGAACGAGCUUUUAAAGAGUUUGAUGGAGCACCAGCUUAUUUGCUAAAAGAUCGCCCAGACUUGACGAAAUACGCCCAGGAGCUGAGUGGCGACGCGGAUGUGGAGGGCGUGGAUGUGGUGUGUCCCAUUGUCGGAAUAAAUUUGCCAAGCUUACGAGUGCAGACAAUGGGUGCCCAGGAGAGUGUGUACUUUGUUGAACUGCUAACCGCAGAACAGACUCUGAAAUUCAGCAAGAAACCGACUUCAUUAAUACGUCUUAAGAAAAGACUUUUGGAAUCCCUUGGCCGAAAAGUUGUAGUACUAAACUCAACAGAAAUGGCCACCAAUGCAAAGGAACUCCGCCAGCUCCUAGAACCGGCAGCAAAUGCAGGAGAAGAAUCCAAGGUUGCCCAAGGCGUGGGCAACUGAAUUGUGUGAUAUAAUAUGGGGCCAUAUCGGCCUUCUAGGCUAGUUACAAAUCGUAGCUUUAUUUAACAGUGUUUUAUGUACUUGUACAUAUUAUUUAAAUAUUAAUAGCACUAAACAUAAUGGUCAACAAUUAAUGUAUAAUACAAGGAAUGGGCUACAGGUGUGUCUCCCCCAGCUGUCCUAUCGGAUCGACUUGAUCUUGGCCUUCAGCACCACGUAGGACACAAAUCGGAAAACCAGGAUCAUGACUCCCAGCGCGAUCACAUCGUUCCAGAACUGAUCACCCCUCAUGGUGAUUUCCUCUAAGAAUUUCUUUGGAUACCUAUAAACACAAAGCAGAGUUAGCGCUUGAGAAAAAGAAAAGUUAGCAGAAUCUAAUUACCUGUAAUGGCAGUACGGCGCCUCCUCGCAGGCCAAGGUACCUCGAUCCAAGCCAUAAAUGGCUGAUAUGAAGCCCUCAAGUCCAUAUCUUAAGUAUGAUAUGUGACUGCCCCACCUUAAGUAGCUUGGCAGAUCACGCAGGGUCACUCCAAAGCCGGCGAACAUCAUCAUGGGAAUCGUUAGCACUGGGGCCAAGAACGUUCCAUUCACCACAUCGAACCAGGCACCAAUCAUCAAACCAAAACUAUGUCCCACAAAGACGGUCAGUAAACUAAUGGAGAAGAACAUAAAGAAUCUGAUCCACUCCAUCGGCUGAUAACUCCAAAGGUAAACGAUGACAGUGAAGAAGAAACAACUUAUGAUCUGUAACCAAAAGGGUCAGUUAAAAAUUGAAAAUGGGAUAUUAAAGAUCGCUACGCACAGAUAUGGGCAGGUCCACGAGUGUCAUGGCAGUGUAGUAGGCUUUGAGUGAGUACCAGCGAUUGAAGUGCUCCUUGAUCAAUAUGGAGAUGUCCAUGGGGACUGGUCAAAUGAUAUUCAAAUAAGUUAAUAUGUCUACGCAAUCGACUCAAGUGAGCUUACAAGUCAGAACAGUCAACAUCAUCGUGGUCAUGGAAUGGUGCAUCAGUAUGGCAAACAGAAGAUUGUAGUUGUCGAGCACUCGUGAUCCUUCACGUCCCGUGUGAUCGUACAUAGCUCCGAACAGAGCGGCCACUGCUAUGUUGACUCCGAUCCUCAAGUGCGUCAUGGUCGUGUCUCGUUUGGCUUUGAUGAAACCUCGUCGCAAAAGCACAGAGCACUGGUUUGAGUAGCUGGUGUCCUCCAGGGAUCGGCUUUUGGUUUUCUUUGGUAUGGGAUACUUUCUCAUCAAGACCUCAGCGCGCAACACCGCACUGGGAUUAUGGAACCAAGUCAGGCAGCUUCCGUUCUCAGUGGCGAGCUUAAGGGUGUCGACCUUGUCGUAUCCAUACUCUCCGCAAGCGAGCUCGAUAACUGGAGCAAUAAGGAUUGUAUUAGUGUAAAUUCACUCAGAGAUCUGUGCUGGACUCACUGUAAUCCGCUGGAUUGUGGUACAUCGGACAGGGCAGAUCCACCGACUGCAGGAACGGCACCAAUUUCUGGGUGCUGCCCUGGUAGACGCAGUUGCCAGCGGACAGGACGUAGACCUGAUCGAAGAUCUGGAACAACUUGGCCGUCGGCUGAUGGAUGGUGCAAAUAAUGGUGCGUCCUUGGCUGGUCAACUUCUUGAGCAGCUCCAGGACCUUUGUGCACGAGCUACUGUCCAAGCCACUGAAAGAAAGAAAAGCAAGAUGUAAACAUUCCUCAGUUUGUUAAAAAUGGAUAUAUUGGCUCAUACGUUGUGGGCUCGUCCAGGAACAUCACAGUGGGAUUAUUGAUCAACUCCAUGGCAAUGGAUAGCCUCUUCUUCUGACCACCGGACAGGCGCAUUGUAAGGGUCUGAUCGUGAUUGUACAGACCAAGGAGCAGCAGAAUGUCCUCGAUCUGCAAGGGUAAAUCCGCGAUUUAUGACUAUGAUCUUUAAGUGAAGAUCACCCCACUCACCCUGCUCUCCUUCUCCUCGUAGCUGACUGUCUGACCCAGUUUAAGAUCGGCGGCUAUAUGCAUAUUCUCGUUUACCGUCAGCAGCGGCUGCAGACGAUCAUCCUGGGUGAUGUAGCAGGACAUCCGACGGAAGGAAGCUGCAGGGAGGGAUUACCAUGAAUUCUGGAUAUAUUGAAUAAAUUAAGUGAGGUCAUAUACUAACGCAAAUCACGUCGCCGACCAUUGAGCAAGAUGGAGCCAUCCACUCCGGUCGUCUUGAAACCUGAAAGGGCAUCUAGCAAAGUGGACUUUCCUGCACCCGAAGGUCCCAUGAUGGCAAUCAGCUGGCUGCCUGGGAACUUUCCGCACACAUUGUGCAAGAUUUCCUUGGAUCCUAAG